AUUGUAUUGGUAUCCCAUUAGCUUUUGACAUUUUCAGCAAAAUGCCUCGACUUUUAGAGAGUUGUGAACAAUUGUUUGGUACUAGUGAUUUAUACAAGAUUUUAGGGGUGGAAAAACAAUCAACCGAAAGGCAGGUCAAACGUGGAUAUUAUCGUCAGUCUUUAUCAUUUCAUCCGGAUAGAGUACAAGAUGUGGAUAAGGAAGAUGCUACUCAAAAAUUCCAAGUUUUGAGUCAAAUUUAUACAUUACUUUCUGACACUAACAGGAGAGCUUUAUACGAUGAAUCAGGUGAGGUUGAUGAUGAAAUAGAUGUAGAACAGAACCGUGAUUGGUUGGCAUACUGGAAAUUAAUAUACAAAGAACUUUCCGUUAAAGAUAUCAAAGAAUUUGAAGAGAAAUACAAAGGUUCUGAUGAAGAGUUAAAUGAUUUGAAAAGUGCUUACAUGAGUUGCCAAGGUGAUAUGGAAAUGAUAUUAAAUACAGUAUUGUGUGCUACAUUUGAAGAUGAAGACAGAUUUCAAACCAUUCUGAAAGACUGUGUUGAUAAAACUGAAUUACCACCAUUUGAUGCAUUUACAAAGGAAAACAAGAAGAUGAAAAAAGCCAGAAAGAAAAAGGCAAUGGCAGAAGCAGCUGAAGCUGAGGAUGUUGCCAAGAGACUUGGAUUAGGUGAUAGCGAGGAUGCUUUACAAGCUAUGAUCAAAAGAAAACAAAAUUCAAGGCAACAAGAAAUGAACGACUUCUUUUCUAGCCUUGAAGCAAAAUAUGCAAAUCCAAAAAGUAAGAAGAAAGCUAAAACUAAUUCAAAAAGUGGUAGCAAGAAAACAAAAUAACAUAUUUGUAUUUAAACAAUUAAAAUUUAAUGCUUAAUAUUCGUUUUUACUUUUGUACAAUACAGGAACACCAAGUUUUGUCACAUAUUUCAUUGUUUUAGUGGCUUAGUUUCUGCUAAGAGUAAAUCAGCUUUAGCCAUGAUGUUUAAUACAGGUUUUUCUUAGCAAUUACCACUUAGCAAAUAACAUUGAAAUAUCAUUUGUCAGAUGCAUGUACAAAAUUGGAAUAUGCUUCAUAUUAUCAAUGUUCUGAUGUUUAAUUUAACUGAUAUUAUCGAUAAAAUCCUAUUACGUGUACAAUGUACCUAUGUGGUUUGUGUAUACAAUGUUGCAGCUUAGUUUAAAACCAAAGUCUGAGGUGGUUUGUAAUGAGUACAUAUAGCGAAAUAUAAAAUAUAAAAAACAUUCAUUCAUGGUCUCAAUAUGGUUUAGAAAGCAAUAAAUUCAGUUUAGGAAAAAUCACUGCCAACUCAUCUGGUAAUCAUCUCUCUCUGUGACAAAACAUGGCAACGACGUCUUUCCAAUGCUGGGAGUAAUAUCCGCCCUUCGUCAGGUUGCCAUCUUUAUGACCUAGAAGAUUUGACCCUUUUGACAUCAUAGAUCACUCUUUUCAAAAUCAACAUGGUUGUUAGUAUUUUGACAAGAUAAAAAAAUGAGGUUCUUUGACAUAUUACCAGUGUAAUAACCAGAUCUUGGGUAUCUAUGAGUUGGUGGAAGGAUCAACUGUAAUGAGUAAUUGAUGCAUUUCACAACGAUUUGUUAAUUUGAUCCAACAUGCCUGACUGAUGGCCAUUUUGUUUUUCCAUGAAUUCUAUGACAUCAACAUAAGUUUUUGAUCCAAACAAAGGUGGCUGACCAAAAAAAUAAAAUGAGGUAUUUUGACGAUUUAUGUUUCAAAUUUUGAAUAAAUUGACAUUACCGGUAUUAUUGAUUUUUUAUGUUAAAUUAGCAUUAUUAUGCAAUAGGAAUUCUGC